AUGACCAACGCUACUAUUCAGGAAAUAGAGGGUAUUGAUGACUAUUGGGGUCCAGCAUUCAGAUCGGUGUAUGAGGGAGAAGGUGGUCAUGAAGCUUUUCUCCAACAGUUGGAUGAAAGAAUUAAGCAGCAUGAUAAAGAAAUUGAAAAGCUUUGCAACUUCUACUAUCAAGGUUUCAUAGAGUCCAUCCGUGAGCUGCUGGAAGUUAGAUCUCACGCUGAAGAGCUUCAUGCAGAGAUAUCUAAUGUUGAUGCCAAUGUUAAGGAGACUACUGAUGGAUUGUGUGUAAGAUCUGAGGAACUGAUAAGAGCCCGGCGUGUUGAGUUAAAUAUAGCAUCUACCAUUGAAAAGAUGGAACUGUGUUUACCUUUGCUUACCACUUAUUCGAAGCUCAAGUCACAAGUUGAAGCUAAAAGAUAUUAUCCAGCACUGAAAACUCUUGAACAACUUGAGCAUGUGUUAUUACCGCGUGUAGGGCCAUAUGCCUGGUGUUCACACAUAUCUUCAGAUAUACCCAAACUCCGACAAGCUAUACAAGAUGCUUCUAUGGCUGAUCUGAGAGACUUCCUUGAAAACAUUCGACGACUAAGUCCUCAGGUUGGAGCUGUGGCUUUAAAGCAAACUCAAGAAAUGCUGGGACGAAGUUUGGAAAAUAUUAUUAAAAAUAAGAAAGAUAUGGCAACACUGGGUCCAUCCAGUGUAGAGACUACUACUCCCCAAAGUCCACACGAAUUGGUAGAUUUCAGUCCACUGUACCGAUGUCUACACAUUCAUACAGUGCUGGGUGCUAAGCAUGACUUCGUUCAGUACUAUCGGUCACAACGUAGACAGCAAGCUCGUCUAGUAGUGAUUCCAGCAGCUGGAAACCUUCAUGACUCUAUACAGAGUAUGAAAAGUUACCUCAAUGCUGUACUUGGUUUCUUUAUUCUGGAAGAACAUCUUCUUACUACAGGCGCUGGUCUGGUAUCCUCUGAUUGGUUGGGAGAGACGUGGGGGUCCGCUCGUUCGGCGGCAGCGGGCACGUUGCGUACGCACACCGCGCUUGUCACGGACCCGACUUUGAUGCUCAGUAUCAAGCAUCAGAUCGUGCUGUUUAUUAAUGCUCUCAAAUGCUACGGACUACCGACCGAGCCCCUCCCGCAGUUGCUGCAAGAGAUGGCAGAGCAUUACACCGAAGUGCUGAUGCAGCGAUGGGUUGCCGUCUUCCGCGAUAUACUGGAUAACGCCACAUUCAGACCUAUUGAGGUGGAAAAUCAAGAACAAUACGAUGCAGUUAUGGACACGUUUCCGUAUGAUGGAGAUGAGUUGGAGACACAGGCUUUCCCCAGAAAAUUCCCAUUCUCCUCAGUAGUGCCCGCAGUGUAUGUUCAAGUGAAGGAAUUCAUGUACGCAUGGCUAAAGUACUCUUCUGGACUGGGCUUGGGCGGCGGAGGGCGGGCGGCGGCUGCUCGUCAUUCCACCUCCCUGCUUCUCACUAGAUCUUUCACUGGCUGCCUUUCUGCCCUAUUCCGAAGAGCGUUACCGCUUACACAACUGGUUCAGAUAAUAUUGGACACGCAGUACCUAGAGAGCGCAACGCCCUAUCUGUACGAGUUUAUAAGUAAUAUUACUGGUUCAGAACUGGUAACUACUCAGCCCGCUGGUAGCAUGUUUCAAACCGCUCGAGACGAUGCAGAAAAGCAGAUAUGCGAGAACUUGCAACAUAAGGUGGAUGAGUUCCUUGACCUUGAGAACUAUGACUGGCUUUUAGUGGAGCCAAGCGGACAAGCGUCAUCUUUCGUGACAGAUAUGCUGGGUUACCUCACUGGCGUGCUGACGUCACUAGAGCAAUUACCACGGCGUGCGCGUGAGGCGGCAGUAACGGCGGCAGUACAGCGCAUAGCGUGUCGGCUGCGUGCUUUAUUAUUAGAAGGCGAUGUGCGGGCGGUGUCUGCGGGCGCCCUUCACCAGCUCGACCUUGACGUCAUCCAAUGCGAGCAGUUCGCUGCGAGUGACCCUUUACCUGGUCUUCGAGAUCAGCUUUUGGAGCAUUUCGCUAGUCUACGGCAACUUUUGGAUCUGAUAACAAGUUGGGACUGGUCGUCCUACCUCCACGAUAUCGGUAUGGAGGGAGCCAAAUACGCCCUGGUGUCGCCACGUGAAGCGGCAACAUUACUCGAGAAGUUAAGAGAAGCUGAGCAAAAGUCAUCUGUCUUCUCUGUUCUUAAGAAGAAUGAAAGAGAUAGAAGGAAACUGCUCGACACCGUCCUUAAACAAUUGAAGCAGCUGCAGAAUCAAGAUGGCUAG